AUGACACCAGCAACAGCCCGGCCCCGGCCCGCAGACACUGGAACGCUGGCCCUGCUCGCCGUGUCCAAGCGAGACCGCGCAGGACCGAAGUGUCCGCCAGAGAUCUGCGACAUCAUCAUCGACUUCCUGCACAAGGACACGCGUGCGUUGUGCGCGUGCAACCUAGUCUGCCGCUCCUGGCGCGCCGCGGCGCGCUACCAUCUUUUCCGCGCGAUCAAGCUGUCUGCCGGCAGGGCGCACGCCUUCCUGGGGAUCCUGUCCAGGGCGCCGGGCCUCGCGCGCCACGUGCGCGACGUCACGGUCGACUUCUAUGCGAAGGCCAAGGACUCCACGACGGCGGUGAACGAGGACGCCGCGCAGGCGCAGGCGCGCGCCCUGAGGCCGGUGUUCGACCGCCUCCGGCACGUGUCGAUCCUCAGGGUGGCUGCCCUCCAGCUCACCGCUGCCCACACGGCGCUCUUCACUGUGCUGGCGGCGCCGGUCAGGAUCCUCGGCUUCGCGGGCUUCCUGAUCGCGCCAGAGCCGGCCCUCCUGGCGGGCCUUCUGCGUCUCUUCCGGUCCUUGGAGGUGCUGGCGCUGCCUCCGUACUGCACGGUCGACGAGCCGCGUCGGCGCGUGCCUUGCGUGCCUGCAUCGCUGCACACGCUGAGUUUGCAUCUGGGCUCUGGCGUCCAGCCGCUCCCUGAGCUGUCCUACUGGGUUGCGUUCCAUUUCACAGCGGCCAACAUCCGCCAUCUGGUCAUAUCGGCCUCCGACGGAUACUCGCCCUCACGUCGGCUCGGCGAUCUCCUGCAGCACCAACUGCCCAUGGUGCUCCGCGCCAUGGGACCUGCACUGCUCUCGCUGAGCCUGACGAUCCCUACCUGCGGACUGCAUGGACUAGAUCCAGGGUAUAGGCGAAUGUCCGGGGGGCCGGCGAACGUGAGCUGCGAGCCGCAGAGCGACACUCGCGUUAUACAGGCGCCAAUGAUCAUUGACCAAAAUCAGCUAGCCAUGCUUCUCUCAGAUUUAUCGAGAUGCUGA